GUAAUAAAACCCUAGCGCUCAGAUCUCUCUCCGUGGCCGAAUCGAUCGAGUUCCGCUUGCCAUCUCAUUCUCGCCCUCUCCACCUCCUCCUCCUCCCGUGUCCUACGCCGCUGCUUCCACUUGUGGCGAAAUCGGAUGGGUUCCCACAAGGAGAAGACCGCCACCGCCAAAUUGUCGCCGGAAGCCCCCUCCAAGGGCCCACUAGAACCGCAACCGACGCCGUUGACCGCCGUCCACCCCAUGCACGCCUUCUACGGGCACGGAGUCCCGGCCGUGAUGCCCCAGGCCUUCUAUUCCGCUUCUCCGAUCGCCGCGGGGCAGCCGAUGGUCUGGGGACCUCAGCAAGUGAUUCCGCCACCCUUUGGAAGUCCGAUCCCGUACGCUUCGUUCUACCCCCAUGGAGGAUUUUAUGCUCAACCGCAGAUGAACGUGGGCAUAGCUUACCGUACGACUGAAACUGAAGGGAGACCCUCGGAGCUGAAGGAGCAGCAUCCAGCAAGCAAGGAAGCUUCUGGAGGGGAAUCUCGAAGGAAUAGAGAGAAUAACGGUAAAGGAGCCUCCAGUGUUGGGGAGGAUGCCUCGCACAGUGAUCAUACCGAAACAGAGGGGUCGUCUGAUACUGUAGGAGACGAUGGCCAACCAAAGGUACAUUACUCGACUGGAAAGAGAGAUCAUGAAAUUGUAGUUGCAAAAGGAGGAACCUCUCGUUCCCUUAGCAAUGAUGAACAUAAUGGCGUUAGCGGUCAAUCAUCUUAUAGUGGAAGGGUGCGAACUGCCAAAAAACUACAAGUCUCUGCCCCAGGAAGAGCAGCACUUCCUGGUUCUCAAAAUAAUAUGAAUACUGAGAUGGACUUGUUGGGUUCUUCCCUUGCUGGAUCUGUCCCCAUGUAUGCUAGGCCUAAUGGGACAAAUUCAGGAGCAAUAUUGGAUGAACGUGAUCAGAGGAGGGAGAAACGAAAACAAUCUAACAGAGAAUCUGCUAGAAGAUCAAGGAUGAGGAAGCAGCAAGAAUGUGAAGAAUUGGAAAGGAAAGUGACCGAUUUGAGCAAUGAAAACAGUGCCCUCAGAUUAGAACUUCAAAAUCUCAAGAAGUUGUGCGAGGGAAUGGAAACUGAGAACAGAACUAUCUUGGAGGAUCUAAAACAAUCUAGAGGAUCAGAGACUUUGUCCAAGCUUAGCAUCAGCAUGAACUGACCAAAAUUUCAAUCAGGCGAGGUGUAAGUUAUAUUUUCAAGACUAAUCUAAUGGUACUCCUUGGUACCUUUGUUCUUCGUCCAAUCCACCGGCGUUGGACUCUUGACUCAUUUUUUUGUUGAUCAGAGGGUCUUUCGUAUAUCUGGCUAUAUAUGUUUAGUGAUUAAGUGCCACACUUUAACAUUUUCAUUAAAAGAGUUGCCGUUUAUUUUAUUUCUUUUCUUUUCUUUUCCUUUUUGUGUGCCCAGCUGUGUUAGAUGUGUGGAACUUCAUUCCGCGUGAAAAAUUCAGUGGGAAGUGUGCGUUAGAAUUCUAAUUUUACUUUAAUUUCUCAUGUAAUAUGACUGUUGGAAUAUAAUUCUCGAUAUAAAAUGGUUGAUGGUUUUUCCGUA